GCAUUCACACAACACAGUACCCACACCUUGGCCAAUGGCCAGAAUAAAGGACUUCCUAUCAGUGGAACUCAGUCAUAUCAUCCAUUCACAGGCAACCGCAAGGUGUAACUGGAGCGGCUGUUGAGUUGAAUGGAGUUCAACCGACCCAAAGCUCCAGGGGGAGGGCCUGGAGAUGGAGAGGGAGGACAAGUUGUCCUGAGCACACUGAUUGAACUCCAGCCUGCGAGGAGUGAACGGAAGCUUGAAGAGCAUGGAGGGCUGGGAGGGCUGUCUUCAACCGACACCACUAACGCAGCCAAGACGGACCCCAGAGCCCCUGCAGGACGAUCUGGAAAGGUUGACUUGUACUCAUUCCACAGCUCCCCAUCUUCAGACAGCGAGGAGGAGGAGAAAGGCAAGAAGGAAAAGAAAAAGAAGCUGAAGAAGAAGAGGAAGAAGAAGGAUUCCAGUUCAUCCUCUUCCUCCUCCUCCUCCUCCUCCUCUGACAGCAGCUCUUCAGACAGUGAAGAUGAGAAUAAGAAGAGGAAGAAGAAGAAGAAGGCAAAGAAAGAAGGUUCUGGGGAUACUAUAGUACAUGAUGCAGCCUCCAUAUCUGAGCCUGGGCUCGAAUGCGUCACUGAUCUAAACAACGAGGAAACAAAGAAGAAAGAGGAUAACUCAGGCUCGGACAGUGAAGAGGACAAGAAGAUGAAGAAGAAGAAGAAGAAGAAGAAGAAGAAGAAGAAGAAGGAUUCCAGCUCCUCUUCUUCAUCUUCCAGCUCAUCCUCCUCCUCAGACAGUGAGGAGGAGAAGAAGAAGAAGAAGAAGAAGAAGAAGAAGAAGAAAAAGGAUUCCAGCUCCUCAUCUUCAUCCUCUGAUAGCUCUUCAUCCUCCUCAUCCUCGGACAGUGACAAGAAGAAUAAGAAGAAGAAUAAUAAGAAGAAGAAGAAGAAGAAGAAAAAGGAUUCUAGAGGUUCUUCUGACAGCAAGAAGGGAGAAGAGGCAGACGGACAGGGCAAGGAUGAGUGCAGCUGUGCUGCUGGCGUUUCAACAGCUGGUGAGGAGGGUGCUGGACUGGAGGGUACCCUGGGACAGAAAUUGGGCAAAGGGGAAAAAAAGAAAGACAAGAAGAAGAAGAAAGACAAGAGAACGGACAAGGGCUCUGCGUCUGAGAGUGAUGACGGUGACAAGUGCAAGAAAGACAAAGCAAAGGAGGGUGGUGCAUCAGCUGAAUGGAUUUGUGGCAGAGAUUUUCCUGAAGGAAUGGAAGCUGGAAACCUGAGUGAUGACGAGAGAGAAGGAGGCAAGGAGAAAGAGAAGAAGAAGAAGUUGAAGAAGAAGAAGAAGGACUCUGGCUGUUCAUCAUCCUCUUCAUCCUCGGAAAGCUCUUCCUCUUCAGACAGCGAGGAUGUCAAAAAAAAAAGAAGAAGAAGAAGAAGAAGAAGAAGAAAGCUGAGGAUUCCAGUUCUUCAUCUUCCUCCUCCUCGUCUUCAUCCUCCUCCUCCUCUUCAUCCUCUUCCUCUUCUGAUAGCGAGGAGGAAAAUAAGAAGAAGAAGAAGAAGAAGAAAAAGGUGAGAAAGCGACGUGUUG